GCCGCGGGAGGACGACCGGCGGGAACAUGGCGCUCGUGGGCAAUGGAGCUGAGCACGAAGCGGACGAGGAAACCUUUGAAGAUGCCUUUGAAAACUUCCCAUUGGCAAACAAGAUGGAUCUUAGGUGUUCACUAGAAGAAUGUACAAUGGCAUUAAACUUGUUUCUAAAUAAUAGAUUCUCAGAAGCCUUGGAAUUACUUCGUCCAUGGUCAAAAGAGAGUAUGUAUCAUGCUCUGGGCUAUAGCACUAUUUUAGUAAUGCAGGCAGCAAUGACCUUUGAACACCAGGACAUCCAAAAUGGCAUUUCCACAAUGAAGGAAGCUUUACAAACCUGUCAAAAAUUCAGAAAAAGAAACACAAUGGUAGAAUCUCUGUCAAGUCUUGUUUCCAAAUCGUCAGUGGAUCAGCUAAGUGAAGAGGAAAUGCACGCAGAAAUCUGUUACGCGGAAUGUCUACUACAGAAAGCAGCACUGACAUUUUUACAGGAUGAAAACAUGAUCAACUUCAUCAAAGGUGGACUCAAAAUUAGAACAAGUUACCAAAUAUAUAAGGAAUGUUAUUCUGUUCUGCAGAUGACUCAGGGCAGCACUAAGCAGAAGGAAACCUAUUAUCAAUUUGAAGGGGGAGUGAAGCUUGGAAUAGGAGCAUUUAACUUGAUGUUAUCUCUUUUACCAGCAAGAGUUCUCCGACUACUAGAAUUUAUUGGGUUUUCUGGCAACAGGGAACUGGGCCUUGUGCAAUUGCGAGAGGGUGCAUCUGGAUCCAGUUUACGGUCCACACUAUGCAGUUUAACUUUACUCUUAUUUCAUACUUAUGUCUCACUAGUCCUUGGCACAGGAGAAGCCAAUAUCGAGGAAGCCGAGACUCUUCUUGAACCCUAUCUCCAGAAGUUUCCAAAUGGCUCUUUAAUUUUGUUUUAUUCUGCAAGAAUAGAGCUACUCAAAGGGAAUUUUGAAAAGGCACAGGUGAUAUUCCAAAACUGUAUUAAAUCUCAGGAAGAAUGGAAACAGAUUCAUCACCUCUGUUACUGGGAGCUGAUGUGGUGUUAUACAUUCCAGCAAGAAUGGCUUAAGGCAUAUCAUUAUGCAGAUCUGCUUUGCAAAGAAAGUAGAUGGUCCAAGGCAAUAUAUGUGUUUCAGAAAGCUGCAAUCCUAAGUAUGCUCCCAGAUGAAGAGGUGAAGCCAACUGGAGAGAAUAUUGUGUCUCUGUUUAGGCAGGUGGAGGGCUUGAAGCAGAGAAUUGCUGGCAAAUCUAUCCCAACAGAGAAGUUUGCAGUGAGGAAGUCCCGGCGUUAUUCCAGUGCGGCCUUUCCCGUAAAGCUGAUAUUACCUGCUCUGGAAAUGAUGUACAUCUGGAAUGGUUUUACAGUAGUAGGCAAAAGGCCUGACCUCACAGAAAAUCUCUUGAUCACCAUCGAAAAAGCAGAAACAGCUUUACAAAAUGAAACAAGGAAGCACGAAGAAGACAAUGCACCAAGAUGGGAGCACACAAAGAGGAGGGAAAGAUUUUCACAGUUUGGAAAAGGGUCACAUGAAAAGUGCAAUGAUUACUUCACGGAUGACCACUGUUUGGUGCAGUUACUGAAAGGUCUCUGUCUGAAGCACUUAGGACGACUCUUACAAGCUGAACUGUGUUUCAAUCAGGUUAUUCAAAGUGAGAAACAGCUAAAAUUUGACCACUACCUUGUGCCAUUUACUCUGUAUGAACUGGGACUUUUAUGCCAACUGCAAGGAGACACAGAAAAGGCCUUACGGAUAAUAGAAACUGCAAAAACCAACUACAAAGAUUACUCCAUGGAGUCCAGACUGCACUUUCGGAUCCACGCAGCACUCAGCAGUUUGAAGGGCUCUCCUGCUUCUACUCCUUGAUGGAAGCCACAUGGGGAGAAGAGUUUUCUGAACUGACAGGAGCUUCUACUCUAGAGAAGUCCUUGUAUUAAAGUAGAUAAGUGAUCAUGUACAUGAGAGAGAGGGGAAAAGCGAAUUGAUUUUAUUAUCACUGUUUUCUUUCAUCUGUCUCUGUUUGGAUGUUGUCUUCUUGUUUCCAUGUUUUUCUAUGGAAUUUUACCAUAGCUUUGUUCAGUCUGUUAUUAGAAAGUCUUUAUUUUGUCUUGUAAGAAACUUAAUGAUAGACUUGAAUUGAGGUGUAAGGGUUUUAUUUUAAGACUUGUGGGUGUAAUAAAGUCUACUUUAGAUAAUUUUUUUCUACUUGCAGAUUGAUAUCGUUGAGCUAGCAGGAUGAAAUCUUAUGAUCCUAGAUCACAGCUAUAGGAUUCAGAGGAGACCAUAUUUCUGUACUGUGCUAUUUCACACCCUUUGACCUCCAGAGCUGCUUUUCCUAUCAGCCAGUUAGUCUCCAUGAGCAUUUCAUAACCUGAUAUUUUACUUUUAAUACAAAAAUAAAAAUCACCUUCAUCUAGAAAUAUGAAUAUAUUUCUAUAAUUAUAGCUAUACCCUUCUGAAGGAUAUGGUACAAAACUAGCAAAGGACAGAAACGGUUGUUGCAUUAAUGUUAUAGGCUUAAAGGCAUUCCCUCACUUGAACUCAAACCAAAGUGUUGCCUUUUUCUUCCUUCUGAUAAGAGGAAGCAACUUUUUUUUCUUUUGAGAGAGAUGUUGGCCUCUCCUUGAAUGCAUUGAAAUCAUUUGUAUUUCCCAGAAUGUGUGGGUCUCACUGAUGAGAAAAGGAAGACCAUGGAGUCCCUGGGCAUUCAGUAGUGAGAAAGGAAGGCCUGAAAGUAUAAUAAGUUUGAUUGAUUGUUUUUUUUUUUCUCCUCAGGAAGCAAAGCACAAUUAAUGUUGCUUGUACAAUAUAGUACUGUCUUUAUAGUUUGUUAUGUUUUGGUGCUCAGUGUCUGAUUUUGUGAUCUCUCAUUGCUCUUAAUUUUUUUAAAGAUCUGUUUGUACACAUUAGUAAUAUGUUCAGUCCUUUAUUUGAAAAUUACAGUCUUGGUGCGCUUAAAUUAACAUUCAUUUUCCAAAAAUAGCUGAUAUCAAAAUACAUAAGACAUAGAAUUUCAAAUAUUUGAAAAUUACUUCUUUAAAGCACAUCAUAUUUCGCAAAUGCCACCACUUUUUUCUUUUGAGAGGAGGAUAUUUCUGGCUUAGGACCAAGUACCAGCUGCUAAUGACUACAGCAGGGAAGGUCAAGUAGUUCAUGUAUGUAGCAGAGUUCUUUUAUUUAUAUUGUGAAAUAUCCUUUGUUACUCUAAUUAAAAGACUAUGCCCUUUUUCGGGAUGGUAUUGGCAUGUGAUUAUUGGCUGGUCCAGGUGCUCUGUUUGUGAGUUGCAAGAUGUGAAAAUCCAAACGUAUUUAUGUUGACUCAUGGAACUAAUCAGGUUAAAAAAUAUAUUGUGUUUGGUCCAAUUAA